CUCAAGUAAGGUUCAAUUUCCUCCCCAGACGUUUAGUUGUUGCGCGUCUCUUGAGCUGUGCAUUGGAUUCACUGCAGUUCUUAGUUUAAAAGUGAAGGUGCAAAAGUGAUUAAAUAGCAUCAGUUAAAUCCUCUUUGAAUGCGUCUCUUCCCAAGUCUUGUGGUUUUCCUCACAUUCACCUGCCUCACUGCUCUCCGGUUCCAGCAUCCAAUAUGUCCAGGGACUCUAUUCAAUGUCUUCGUCGAUCCAAAUAUCGGUUGGAUAGCUUUGGGCUUUGGAUGGACAGAAUGGGCUCAUACGCUUCACAAUAUCACUAUCACCGUUAACAUGGCAGUCACUGAUCUCCCAAAUUCUACUUAUUUGGGGGAACUGAAGAUGCUGCAUUUCCACAAAUUACUCACGACACUGCCUAAGCAACGUUGGAAUGUGGUCUUUGAAGUGAAGUUUCCCAUUCAGGAUCCACUGCCCGAUAUCACAGCCAUUCUCCUCAAUGGCGACUAUAUAUGCUCGACUCGAGAAAAUGCAUUUAACAGCACAAAACCCAUUAAAAUUCAACUCUACAUGGAGUAUAACGAUCAUACAAAGGUCCAGAAAUAUACCGGAAAAAUUGUAACAAGACCUACCCCAAGGCCAGAUACGGAGAUGAUAGUGGACAAUAAAUUUGGGGAGGAACAGGUUGAAUGUGGGACAAUUGAUCAUGACAACAUUUUCCAGUCACUUGUACUCCAUGGAAUGACAAUUACACGGGGAACUUGGCCCUGGCUCGUGUCAAUUUUCUCAUACGUUGGCCCUAGACUUGGAUUCCAGUGUGGAGCAACUUUAGUAUCAAAUAAGGUCGUAAUAACGGCCGCUCAUUGCUUCUUUGAUCGCUACAAUCGCAAAAUAGCCACUGAAGACGUUAUUUUAAUCCUUGGGCAACACAAUUUAAAACGUCCUCACGAUCGUGGAACUAAAAUUGUCUAUCCACACAGUAUCAACAUUCAUGUGAACUAUCAGAAACGCAAUACCAUAGAUUCUGAUAUUGCUGUUGUAGUACUUUCAGAAGUCAUACGAUUUACAACUUUCAUUCGACCAGCAUGUUUGUGGAAGGAACCUUCGUCCAAGGAGAGCAUUGUAGGUCUCAACGGAGUCACAGCUGGUUGGGGUAGGGAUGAACAUGGGAAUUUCUUUACGGAAUUGCCCAAAAAGGCAGAAAUUCCCGUUGUGUCCGAUGAGACAUGUUUGCGCUCUCAUGAUGCCUUCUCCAAGAUCACUUCUGAGGUAACAUUUUGUGCAGGAUGGCGCAAUGGAACCGAUGGACCUUGCAACGGAGACUCUGGUGGUGGAUUAAUGUUCUCCCGUGAGGGCAAAUGGACCCUCAGAGGAGUAGUUUCAACUUCCUUAACUGACCGACAAUCAAAUUUAUGCGAUCUCAAGGAAUACGUAGUCUUUACGGAUAUUGUGACUUUUACAAGUUGGAUUGAAGCAUUUAUGGACUGAUUGAAAAGAAAAUUGCUUAUUUUCAUCUCAUCAUUUCCUAAAUUUUUCUUUAUUCACUGGUUGGAAGGAGGAAAAUUGUUCACUUCUGAGAAAUUCAUCAGUUUCACAAUCUCCAUUUUUUUUCCUCUUUAUUUCUUAAAUCUCUAGAUUGAUCAUUUAGUUUUAAAUUAUUUUCUUUUUUAUAAAUUAAUUUAGGAAAUAAAAAUGUUGUGUCCAUCAAA